CGCGAGAGCGCGCCGCGAGUGUGUGUCUGCCUUAAAACAUAGUCGCCACCCGCGCCGGGCGCACGCUCGCCUUCCCAAAAUCGGACUCGAAUUUUUAAAUUCGGUUUUCUAAAUUUAAUCCGAGUCGGGUUUUUCGGAUUUCUAGUCGGUUCGUUGAUUUUUUGUGUUAUGCGUUGGAGGCUGUAAUUUUUUGACAAUGGAAGUAAGUGCGAUGCCUCCUAUGCCCCUGGACUUCUCAAUGGUGAGGAAUGGAAGUGGUUCUCCUAGUUCCAUGCGGGAGGGAUCGCCCAGACCUGUGACAAACAGCGCCUUCAGAGUAGUCACUCCAAAAGGUGUAACAGCUAGUGAAGCCCUACGAAAUGGUUUGUGCCAAUCUCUGUGGGGUGCUUCAGCCAGUCGAUCAGAACCCAGGAUCGCAUCACCACCACCACCAAGCCAUGAGACUCCGUACCCAGUCAGAGAGGAAAUCAAAUUCGGGAUCAACCGUUUAGUCAGUGAGAGCAUAGAAAGAACAGAGAGGACUGAAGACGAGGAAGAAGAACAUCAUAAUGAGACUCGACCUGAGGGCAUAUCGCCAGCGUCGCGCUGCGGUAGUCCCUGUUGGGCGCCAUCACCACAAUCCCCGAGAUCUGUUCGCUCCAGUUCCCUAGAACUCGAGGUGGACUCCCCUCCAUCUUCCCCAAGAAGACCACCAGAUACUUCCCCUCCUCCUAAAAGAUCAGAAGCUUUUUCUGUGAGUGCAUUGUUACGACCUGAUGCCCCAAGAGUGCAACCUCAAAGACCAUUUUUAUAUCCGCCGUUACCGUUUGCGGAGUUCCUAAGGGAUGCUGGAAGCCUCGGCUUACCUGGUUGGGGAGGUUAUAGUAACCUGUACCUUCAUGCUGUUCAAGCAGCUGGCCCAGAACUUUUGAGACUUCGCGCAGCUGUCCUUGGAGCUCCUGGUCCUUUAUCCAGGCCAUUGCCAUUGGGGGAUGUGUACUCCUGUGUCAAAUGUGAGAAGAUGUUCAGCACUCCUCAUGGUCUAGAAGUGCACGCCAGACGAUCACAUAACGGAAAGCGGCCGUUUGCUUGUGAACUCUGCAGCAAGACAUUCGGACACGAAAUCAGUUUGAGCCAACAUAGGGCUGUCCACAGCGUUGAGAAAGUCUUUGAAUGCAAGCAAUGCGGAAAGACCUUUAAACGGUCAAGCACACUAUCUACCCAUCUUCUCAUACACUCUGAUACUAGACCCUACCCAUGCCAGUACUGCGGAAAGCGUUUCCACCAAAAAUCGGACAUGAAGAAGCAUACCUACAUACAUACUGGUGAGAAACCCCACAAAUGCCAAGUUUGCGGCAAGGCCUUCAGUCAGAGUUCCAAUUUGAUCACCCAUUCUCGCAAACACACUGGUUUUAAACCAUUUGCUUGUGAGCUGUGUGGAAGGGCAUUCCAAAGAAAGGUGGAUUUGAGGAGACACAAGGAGACCCAGCACGCUGACUUGAGACCCCCCCAGCCGCCGCAUAUGCAGCCUCAUACUGACGUGCAUGGCAUGCAUCCUACAGACAUGCAUGCUGUGCCUGACCAUCGAAUAGAUCUCCGUCCGCCCCACCCAGACUUGCGCCAGCAUCCUGACUUCAGAGCACACAUGAGCACCGCAGUGCCCCCUUUGCAGCCAUUACCAUCCUGAACCUCGACCGCCUUCGCGCCAACUGGCUGGCGUUAAGGCUUGCAGAUGGAGUAGAAAAUGUUAGAGCGAUGUGGCAGUGAUAAUUUACAACAGUGACUAUUCAAAGAAUUUUUUAUAUAUCAGAUUUAAAUUCGCACACGAUGUCGUUGUCGUGUCGUAAGCAUAUCGUUACGUAACGACUAAAUAUCUCACGGAAUUGCUUCGUGUGAGAACUGGUAGGUUAUUUCUACAGGGCCGUACUCAGAUUAAUUUAA